GUAUCUGUGCAGAGAUUAAUAAUUGAUUUUUUUCACAGUCAGGGGUUUUAGGAAAAGGAGCUGGUAACUUUUGGUUGUCAUCUUUUACUUUGUGACCUGCAGUGACUGGAGUGGCUUCAGGACUCCCUAGUGGAGAAAUGAAGACAGUCUUGGUUUUCCUGCUCACUGUAAUACUGGUGCAUGCAUUGGAGAGAGGCCGAGAUUAUGAAAAGGAUAAAGUCUGCAAGGAGCUUGCCCAUCUGGGGAAGGAUGACUUCAGAACGCUGUCACUAAUUCUCUACAGCAGGAAGUUUUCCAGUGGCACCUUUGAGCAGGUCAGCCAGCUUGUGCAGGAAGUUGUCUCCUUGACAGAAGAGUGCUGUGCAGAGGGGGCUGACCCCGACUGCUAUGACAACAGGACCUCAGCCUUGUCUGCCAAGUCCUGUGAAAGUGACUCUCCUUUCCCCGUACACGAAGGAACUCCCGAGUGCUGCACCAGACAGGGCCUGGAGAGGAAGCUCUGCAUGGCCGCACUCAGUCACCAGGCUCAAGAAUUCCCCACCUACGUGGAACCAACAAACGAUGAGAUCUGUGAGGCAUUCCGGAAAGAUCCGAGGGGGUUUGCUGACCUAUUUUUGUAUGAAUAUUCCAGUAAUUAUGGACAAGUCCCACUGCCACUUCUAGUUGCUUACACCAAGAGUUAUCUCUCUAUGGUCGGGUCUUGCUGCACCUCCCCAGGUCCAACCAAAUGCUUUUUGAAAGAAAGACUCAAGAUUAGAAACUUGUCACUCCUCACCACUGUGUCAAAUCAACUUUGUUCACAACAUGCUGCUUAUGGAAGGGAGAAAUCAAGGCUCAGCCAUCUCAUAAAAUUAGCCCAAAAAGUGCCUACUGUUGAUCUGAAGGACGUUUUGCCACUAGCUGAAAAUAUCACUGUAAUGCUCUCCAAAUGCUGUGAGUCCACCUCUGAGGAUUGCUUGGCCAAAGAGCUGCCUGAAUACACGACAAAAGUCUGUAACAACUUAAGCAAGAAGAAUUCUAAGUUUGAAGACUGCUGUCGAGAAAAAAAAGACUUGCGCACUUUUAAAUGCUUGUACUUCAUGCCAGCCGCCCUCCCACUGAAGCUGCCAGCCUUCAAGUUGCCCACAAACACAGAAGUGUGUGACCGAAGGAACACAAAGGCCUUGGAUCAGUAUACAUUUGAACUGAGUCGAAGGACUCCUGUUCCAGAAGUAUUCCUCAGCAAAAUACUGGAGACCACCCUGAGAAGCUUUAAUGAAUGCUGUGAAUCUGAAGACUCUGCUGCCUGCUUUACUGAUAAGGGUUCUCAGAUGAAGAAGGAAUUAUCUUCUUUUGUUGAGAAGGGACAAGAAGUAUGUGCAGAUUAUUCAGAAAACACAUUUACUGAAUACAAGAAAAAACUAUCAGAGAGACUAAGAACAAAACUGCCUGAUGCCACCCCCACUGAGCUGGCAAGCCUGGUGGACAAGCACUCAAACUUGGCCUCCAAGUGCUGUUCCAUAAAUUCACCACCUCGCUACUGUGACGCACAGAUUGAUGCUGAAAUGAAAGAUACCCUGCAGUCAUAAUGCAUCAGUGUUUUCCUUGACCUCAGACUGGAGCAACUGUGGAAUGAGCUCUGACUGCCAAACCAAAGUAUCCAGAGACCCUAGAAUACUCCUGCUACAUUGUCUUCAUGAUCACCAUGAUGAUUUGCUAAGAGAAUAAAUUGAAGUAUAUUGCAAACAAUAAAUACAAGCGAGAA